UAGAAUUCAUUUAUUUCCUAAAGCGAGGCUCCGCAUACGCGCUUAAGGUGGUGACCCGCGCGUUCCUUUACGCUGUUCCCAGGCCCUAAUAAUCCAAAUCCUAUCAUGUUGAACCUGGGAGGCAAACGGCAAGGUGAAAAGUCCUCCACGGUUUCUCUGGCCCGCGUUUCUGAGAGUGAAGGGCCGUUCCUAUUGGAGAUCGCGUCAGCGCUGAAAGUUGGUUGCAACGUCUGCACUCGGGGGCGGGGAAACCGUCUCAUCCUGGGAUCUUCAUAGUCGGCUGUUCUCGAGAGUUCUCGGUGUUUUUACUAGUUGGCCUCCCGCAAGCCUCUGCGCCAACUUGGGCGGAGUUGACCCCUUGCGGCUCUACGAACAGAGGAGUGCGGGGGUGCAGCGAAUGAACACGAUGCCCAGAUCGGAGACGGAAGACGGAAAAGAAAUGCUUCGAUAAUGAAACAAGCAACAUCGUUUAUAUGAGUAUCACAUUGACUCCCCUCUUCUCAGAGAAGUGCGGAUUUCCAUCUUCCAACCUAAAACGAUCCCUGGCUCCCCCCACAUUUGGCGCGCCCUGCAGUUGGUCUCUGCCGCGCCGGGCGACCCUGAGGUCACGUGCUCCUCCUGUCCUUCUGGCGGAACGUGCUUCCCGCUGCGGGGACGUUGGAGCCAUGGCAGCCCUGCUGAGAUCCUCGUGUUGGCUGCUGCGUGCCGGGGCGGCCCCGCGCCUCCCGCUCUCCCUGCGCCUCCUCACUGGCGGCCCGGGCCGGCCGCAUGCCGCCUCCUAUCUGCCUGCCGCUCGCGCCGGGCCCGUGGCCGGAGGACUACUGAGCCCAGCCAGGCUGUAUGUCAUUGCUGCUGAAAAAAAGGAUAUUCAAGAGGAGUCCACUUUUUCUUCUAGAAGGAUUGCCAGUCACUUUGAUUGGGCUCUGAUGAGACUAGAUAAUUCUGUUCGAAGAACUGGCCGCAUUCCAAAGAUGCUUCUACAAAAAGUCUUUGAUGACACCUGCCGCUCAGGUGGCCCAGGUAGUAGUCAUGCCUUGCUCCUACUACGUAGCUGUGGUUCUCUAUUGCCUGAACUAAAGCUUGAAGAGAGAACAGAAUUUGCUCAUAGGAUAUGGGACAAACUUCAGAAAUUAGGUGCUGUGUAUGACGUGAGUCACUAUAAUGCUUUACUUAAAGUCUAUCUUCAAAAUGAAUAUAAAUUCUCACCAACUGAUUUCCUGGCAAAAAUGGAGGAAGCGAACAUUCAACCAAAUCGAGUGACAUACCAGAGAUUGAUUGCUUCUUACUGUAAUAUGGGAGAUAUUGAAGGUGCCAGCAAGAUUCUUGGAUUUAUGAAAACUAAGGAUCUCCCAGUUACAGAGGCAGUAUUCAGUGCCCUUGUGACAGGGCAUGCCAGAGCUGGUGAUAUGGAGAAUGCAGAAAACAUUCUCACAGUGAUGAGAGAGGCUGGAAUUGAGCCUGGUCCAGACACAUACCUCGCAUUAUUGAAUGCAUAUGCUGAGAAGGGCGACAUUGACCAUGUUAAGCAGACUCUGGAGAAGGUGGAGAAGUCCGAGCUUCACCUUAUGGACCGUGAUUUAUUCCAAAUUAUUUUUAGCUUCAGUAAAGCUGGGUAUCCUCAGUAUGUCUCAGAAAUUUUGGAAAAAGUUACAUGUGAAAGAAGAUAUAUUCCAGAUGCAAUGAACCUCGUUUUACUUUUAGUCACUGAAAAAUUGGAAGAUGUAGCUUUGCAAAUUUUACUAUCAUGCCCUGUAUCAAAGGAAGAUGGCAUAAGUGACUUUGGCAGUUUCUUUUUACGACACUGUGUGACUAUGAAUACGCCUGUGGAGAAGCUAACAGACUACUGUAAGAAGUUAAAGGAAAUCCAGAUGCACUCCUUUCCUCUGCAGUUCACCCUCCAUUGUGCUUUACUUGCCAAAAAAACUGAUUUGGCAAAAGUCCUAAUGAAGGCUGUGAAGGAGGAAGGUUUUCCUAUCAGAACUCACUAUUUCUGGCCGUUGCUAGUUGGACAUCAGAAGGAAAAAAAUGUUCAAGGUAUAAUUGAAGUCCUGAAAGUAAUGCAAGAAUUGGGAGUACCUCCUGAUCAGGAAACAUAUAUAGGUUACGUGAUUCCAUGCUUCAAUAGUAUAAAGUCAGCACGUGCCAUUUUGCAGGAAAAUGGAUGUCUGUCUAAUAGUGAUACGUUUUCUCAAGCUGAAUUGAGAAGCGAAGCAAUAAAUGGGAACUUAGACUUUGUAUUAUCAUUUUUGGAAUCAAAUACAUUGCCUCUCUCGCUGCAGUCUAUAAGAAGUAGCCUACUGCUAGGCUUUAGGAGGUCUAUGAAUAUAAACCUUUGGAGCAAGAUAACAGAAUUGUUGUACAAGGAUGGACGUUAUUGCCAGGAGCCUCCAGGACCAACGGAAGCUGUUGGCUAUUUUCUUUAUAACUUGAUUGACAGCAUGAGUGACUCAGAGGUACAGGCCAAGGAGGAGCGUUUGAGACAAUACUUCCAUCAGCUGAAGGAGAUGAAUGUAAAAAUUCCUGAAAAUAUCUGCAAAGGCAUUCGUAAUCUACUGGAUAGCUACCAUGUUCCUGAAUUGAUUAAGGAUGCUUAUAUGUUGGUUGACAGUGAGAAUUUAGACUCUCAAAAAACCCUGCGACUUAGGUCAUCUGAAUUGGAGUCUAGACUUGAAACAUUAAAAGCUGAAGAUCAACCUAUAAGAGAUGUCCUAAAGCAACUCAUAGUAGCGCUUUGUUCCCAAGAGAAUAUGCAAAAAGCCCUUGAAUUGAAAGCAAAAUAUGAAUCAGACAUGGUUAUCAGUGGUUAUGCAGCUUUAAUAAAUUUAUGCUGUCGACAUGAUAAUGCAGAAGAUGCCUUGAACUUGAAAGAAGAAUUCGACCGCUUAGAUUCAUCUGCUGUCCUUGACACCAGCAAGUAUGUAGGCCUUGUAAGAGUAUUGGCAAAGCAUGGCAGGCUCCAAGAUGCUAUUAACAUUCUGAAGGAGAUGAAAAAGAAGGAUGUUCCUAUCAGAGAUUCAACAGUCUUGUCCUUUUUCCACAUCCUAAAUGGCGCAGCUUUAAGAGGUGAAAUUGAAACAGUAAAACAGUUGCAUGAAGCCAUCGUGACUCUAGGGUUAGCAAAACCAUCCACCAACAUAAGUUUCCCAUUGGUCACUGUAUACCUGGAAAAGGAUGACCUGUCUACCGCUCUUGAUGUCGCCAUUGACUGCUGUGAAAAGUAUAAAAUAUUACCAAGGAUGCAUGAUAUCUUGUGUAAACUGAUAGAGAAAGGCGAGACUGAUCUAAUUCAGAAAGCAAUGGACUUUGUGAGCCAAGAACAAGGUGAAAUGGUGAUGCUCUAUGAUCUCUUCUUUGCCUUCCUACAAACAGGAAAUUACAAAGAAGCCAAGAAGAUCAUUGAGACUCCAGGGAUUAGAGCUCGAUCUACAAAGCUUCAGUGGUUUUGUGACAAAUGUAUUGCAAAUAAUCAGGUUGAAACUCUGGAAAAAUUAGUGGAGCUGACACAGAAGCUAUUUGAAUGUGAUAGAGACCAGAUGUACUACAAUCUGCUAAAACUGUAUAAAAUGAAUGGUGACUGGCAAAGAGCUGAUGCUGUCUGGAAUAAAAUCCAGGAAGAAAAUAUUAUUCCUCGUGGGAAGACAUUAAGAUUAUUAGCGGAAAUCCUUAGAGAUGGUAACCAGGAAGUUCCAUUUGAGGUACCUGAGGUAAUUUGGUAUGAAGAUGAAAAACAUUCCCUGAAUUCUUCAUUGGAUUCUUCAUCAGACUCAACUACAGAACCUGAUUUCCAGAAAGAUAUAUUGAAUGCCUGCCAAUUGAAGCAAAACAAAGAGGCAUAUGGUAUUUUCCUGAAAGCAAAACAGCAAAACGUUGUAUUUAAUGCUGAAACCUACAGUGAUCUCAUUAAAUUACUGCUGUCAAAAGAGUAUUUUACACAAGCAGUGGAAGUGAAAGCAUUCGCGGAGACCCACAUCAAGGGCUUCACACUGAACGAUGCUGCCAACAGCCUCCUCAUCAUAACGCAAGUUAGGCGGGAUUAUUUGAAAGAGGCUCUAACAACGCUGAAAACAGCAUUGGAUCAGCAGCAGACCCCUUCGGGGAUAGCAGUGACCCGCCUCAUCCAGGCAUUGGCCAUGAAGGGUGAUGUUGAAAACAUAGAAGUAGUUCAGAAGAUGGUAAAUGGACUCGAAGACUCCAUUGGACUUUCAAAAAUGGUUUUCAUCAAUAACACUGCUUUGGCACAAAUAAAGAACAAUAACAUAGAUGUCGCAAUAGAAAACAUUGAAAAUAUGCUUACUUCAGAGAAUCCAGUCAUUGAACGCCAAUACUUCGGCUUGGCAUACUUAUUCAGAAAAGUAAUAGAGGAGCAGUUGGAACCAGCAGUUGAAAAGAUAAGCAUCAUGGCAGAGAGAUUGGCCAAUCAGUUUGCAAUUUAUAAACCUGUCACUGAUUUUUUCCUUCAACUUGUGGACGCAGGCAAGGUGGACGAUGCCAGAGCUCUCCUACAGAGAUGUGGUGCAAUUGCUGAACAAACCUCGAUUUUGUUGGUGUUCUUCCUUAGGAAUUCUGGGAAACGAGGAAAGGCAUCAACUCUGAAAUCUCUGUUAGAAUUGAUUCCUGAAUUAAACGAAAAGGAAGAAGCAUAUAGUUCCCUCAUGAAAAGCUAUGCCUCAGAGAAAGAUGUCACAUCUGCUAAAGCACUGUAUGAACAUUUGACUGCAAAGAAUACAAAAUUGGAUGAUCUGUUUCUCAAGCGUUACGCAGUUUUGCUGAAGAAUGCUGGAGAGUCUGUCCCUUUCACUGAACCCCCUGAAAGCUUUGAAUUUUAUGUACAGCAGGUAAAAGAAUUGAGGGAAAAUUCUUCCUGAAAAAGCAGGCGAUACUUUGUUUUGUAUAUAUUUGUGAUUCUGUGUCUACAUGUUAUUUUGAAGUGUAUUGAAGGGAAAAAUAAAUGAAAAUUUUCUUUAUGUGUGACACAUGUUCAAAAUCUUAUUGACCAUAACUGUGCGCUUGGUUAUUGGACAUUUUUGGAGGUUUUUUCCUCUGGCAUAAAUUGAUAGCAUUUUCCUCAGUGCUGCUGCUGUGGGAAGCCAUACUUUUUCAAGAUUCUUCCCCUAAUUGGCUCUUUGGUUUCCCUGCUCUGUUUAUUUCAUUAAAAUGUUAUUCCUUUAUUUAAGACUCACUUAUUAGUCUGCUGUUUCUCUGAAAAAUUUUAGAGCUAAGUAUAGUGAUCGUGAACUUUCUAUUGCAUAAUAUUCUGCAAUAUAACAAUUCCUUACGUGUGUGAAGUCCUGCAUAACUUUCAAAUUUCAUUAAAUGUUGGCACUAGGAGUCAUCAGAUCUAGCCUUCGUCAUUUUCCAGUGAGAAGCAGAGACCCAAAGGGCCUGUCACUUGUGCUUGUUCAGGGGGCUGUCUGUCAUGCCUGGAGGCUCUUCGGCAUACUUCCCCCUCUUUCCCUUCUGCCACCGUGGCUUCCAAGCACCUCUGUUCAUAGAACGUCUCUGAAAUUAAGUCUUGGUCAUGACUUAUCCCAAAGUAGAGCGAUGUGUUUCCUCUCAUUUUAGUUUCAGGACUUUGUCAGCACAAGCUCUGCCCUAGGCUUGUUACUUUAUACUCAUAUCCUGAAAAGAUGUGGCUUCAUCUAUGAAGGGGCAAAAUACUGGUUUGUGUUUAAUUUUUUGAAAUAAAAGUUAUCCCUGUAUUGA